UUUUCUCCCUCCACACACGCACUUCUGAUCCUCCCCCUCCUCCUCCUCCUCCACCUCCGUCAGCUACCGCUACCGCCACCGCUCGCCGGUGCCGGCCUCCGGGUUACGGAAAGGUCCCGCCUUUCCCUCCAAAACCCCACCUUUCUCCACCGCUCCUUGCUGGCUGACUAGCCAGCUCUGCGUUGAUUGGUGGGUCGCUCUUGAUUCGUGAAGCGACAGUAGGAUCGUGCCGUUCGGUUGCGUGCAGGAUGGUCGUCAAGGAUUGGGAGUGAGGAGGCAGCUCGACCGGUCGUGGAGCCUAAAUGUACCGCAAGAACGAAUCGGCACUCUCCUGCUUCUACCUCUACCUCCUCUGGUUCUUCUUCAUGAAAUACACCAGCCGAGCAAGUUGACUGCGAUUACGAUUGAGAUCGUUGUCGCUUGGUCUGCGAACGCGAGGUGAUUCUGGUCUGGUUGUUUGGUCCAGCAAGAAUCACGAGGUGUUGGGAGCUGAAAUUUUGGCAAGGAGGAGGAGCUUGAGCUGGAUCUGAACGUGGCCGAGGUGGCGCCGGAGAAGCCGGCGACGAUGGCGACGAGCGACUCCGGCUCGUCGGAGUCGUCGGUGCUGAACGCGGAGGCGUACGGCGGCGGGAGCGCCGCGACCGCGCCGGUGGAGGAGGGCUCCAGCUUGACGCCCCCGCCGCCGGCCGUGCUCGAGUUCAGCAUCCUGAGGAGCUCGGCGUCGGCCAAGGUCAACAGCGACGCGGGCGGCGCUGACGACGACGCCACGCCGUCGCCGCCGCGUCAGCAGCAGCACCUCAUCACCCGGGAGCUCUUCCCGGCAGCCGCCGGCCCGCCGCGGCCCGUGCCGCAGCAUUGGGCCGAGCUCGGGUUCUUCCGCGCCGAGCCGCCGCACCCGCAGCAGGACAUCAGAAUCCUGCCGCACCCGCACCCGCACGCGCCACCGCCGGCGCCGCCGCCGAUGCAGCCGCAGGCGGCCAAGAAGAGCCGCCGCGGCCCGCGCUCCCGCAGCUCUCAGUACCGCGGGGUCACCUUCUACCGCCGCACCGGCCGCUGGGAAUCCCAUAUUUGGGAUUGCGGCAAGCAAGUUUACUUAGGUGGAUUUGACACUGCUCAUGCUGCUGCAAGGGCGUACGAUCGAGCAGCGAUCAAGUUCCGCGGCGUCGACGCGGACAUAAACUUCAACCUCAGUGAUUAUGAGGACGACAUGAAGCAGAUGAAGAUCCUAUCCAAGGAGGAGUUUGUGCACGUCCUGCGACGGCAGAGCACCGGGUUCUCGCGGGGCAGUUCCAAGUACAGAGGCGUCACCCUGCACAAGUGCGGCCGGUGGGAGGCUCGCAUGGGGCAGUUCCUCGGCAAGAAGUACAUAUAUCUUGGGCUAUUCGACAGCGAAGUAGAGGCUGCAAGGGCUUAUGAUAAGGCCGCGAUCAAAUGCAACGGUAGAGAAGCCGUGACGAACUUCGAGCCAAGCACAUAUGAUGGGGAGCUGCUGGCUGAAGUUGGUGCUGAAGGUGCUGAGGUUGAUCUGAACUUGAGCAUAUCUCAACCAGCUUCUCAGAGCCCGAAAAGGGACAAGAACUCCCUUGGUCUGCAACUCCACCAUGGAUCAUUUGAAGGCUCCGAAUUGAAAAGAUCAAAGAUUGAUGCUCCCUCUGAACUGGAGGGCCGCCCUUAUCGGUUCCCUCUUCUGACCGAGCAUCCACCAAUCUGGCCUGGCCAAUCUCAUCCCUUCUUUUCAAAUAAUGAGGAUGCAUCCAUAGAUCAUAGCAGGAGGCCAGUGGGAGGCACAGGGGGUGUUACCAGCUGGGCAUGGAAGGUGGCCGCCCCUCCUCCCGCCCUGCCAUUGCCGCUGCUCUCGUCGUCGUCGCCGUCCGCUGCAGCAUCAUCAGGAUUCUCCAAUACCGCCACGACAGCUGCCCACGCCGCCUCAUCGGCCUCCCACCGGUUCCACCCGCCGUCGUCGAGCCGCCACCGCUGAAAAUUAAGAAGCCACACUGUAAAUUUGCUGGGAAGCCGGCAUUUUUUUCUCUCCCGGCGUUGCAACUUUUUUGGGUUUUGCGCCGGGGUGGUUUCUUGUUAUCUUGUAGUGGAGUGGAUUCGUGACUGUAUUAGCAUACUGCCCAAGUGGAAUGCCUCUCUCUUGACACUCUCUGCACGAUGUUCUGGGAGUUCUUGUUGCUGGACAUUGACUAACUUCACCGUCUGAGAUUGAUCUAUACAUUGUUGUAGAGAAUCACUGUUGAAAUUAUUUACAGAAUUAUAGGUAUCAUAAGUCACUCUACUUGUGGACAAAUUUCAGGAAGAUUACUCCAGUUCCUUUCUUGGCUGUGAAUUCGGUUCUUGUCCUGCUUUA